AUGAGGACCUCGUUGGAUGAAGACUCAUUGGCUACAUCAUCCAGUCACUCUUCAGUACCUGAUAUUGAGGCCGUUGCUGGGUUGGUUAGGGAAAAUGACGAAAUUUCAACGCUUGACGGAGAUGUGCAAAAUGUCCCGACAGCGGCACCGAGUAUCGCAGACGAAGCAUUGUCUAGAAAAUUGACACAAAUUCAAUCAAGACGGAGUGAAGGUGUCAAUUCGAACAUCUCAGCUGCAAGGAGGCUAAGUGGUACCGCCGUGCCACUUGAAAGUGUCCCCAAAGUUAAUAAAUAUGAAAGGUUCACAAAUUCAAAAAAAUAUCUAAUGGUUGCAUUAGCAUCUAGUUCAUGUUUCCUUUCACCAAUGUCAGGUUUGGCUUUCUUACCUGCUGUGCCAGAAAUUUCUGCUGAUUUCCAUACCACUGGUGAAAUAAUCAAUAUUUCUGCAGCGGUGUAUUGUGUGUUUAUGUCAAUGUCACCGUGCGUGUUUUCUCCAUGCUCUGACAUUUAUGGCAGGCGCCCAACGUUUAUAGUAUGCUUGGUAUUUUUCAGUCUUUGCACAGUUUUGGUGGCAGUCCUGCAAAAUUUGGCCAUGUUUUACGUGUUUAGAGCAUUACUGGCUCUUUUUGGUACAGCAUUUUUCACUACUGCAGCGCAUAUGAUGGGUGAUAUAUACAAACCGACGGAAAGAGGAACAGCCAUGGGAUUAAUUUUGUGCGGUACUCAGGCUGGGCCUGCAUUUGGUCCAGUAAUUGGAGGUAUUAUUGUUACAUAUACUUCUUGGAGAGUAAUAUUUUGGGUGUUGGCUGCUUGUGGGGCAGUUAUGGCAAUAGUUGUGAUUAUAUUUAUGCCCGAAACAGCUGUGGAAACCAAGAUGCAAAUUCUUCUCAAAGAAAUCCAUAUUGACAACCCUAAGAAGAAGUUUGUAUGGAUUUCUUACAACCCAUUUAGAGUCAUUGAUGCUCUCAAAUAUCCCAAUCUAUUCUUAGGUGGUUUUAUUGUAAUGUCGUUGACAUUUACUAUGUAUGGCCUCUUAACUCCAAUCAGAUACGUGGUAGACCCAAGAUUUAAAUUGACCUCACCAAUAUAUGGAGCUCUAUUUUAUCUACCACCUGGAGUUGGCUACCUUGUUGGGAGCGUAUUCGGUGGUCGGUGGGCUGAUUAUGUAGUGAAAAGAAAUAUUAAACAAAAGAACGGAAAGAGAAUUCCUGAAGAUAGAAUAAAGGCAAUUUUAAUUCCUUUGGGAAUUGUAUAUCCAUGUUCAAUAUUAAUAUAUGGAUGGACAUUAGAGAAAGAAAAAGGGGGGAUGGCAGUUCCUAUCAUAUUUCUGUUUAUCUCAGGGGUUGCCCAAACCUUCGUAUUUCCAGCUUCUAAUACAUAUUGUGUGGAUUCCAUGCCAGAAUUAGGAGGUGAUGCUGUCGGCUCUUCGUACUUCUCCCGUUACAUUGCUAGUGCAAUUGCCCUGGCAACAUGUUUGAGAAGUAUAGAAAGUAUAGGCAUCGGCUUAACUUGUACAAUUAGUGCAUGCGUCUUAUGGAUUGCUCUCGGGUGUGCCGUGGUGCUUAUUUUAUAUGGUGAGAGACUCAGAGUGAAUGCCUUAAAUAAAUAUGGAUUGAGGAGCUCAAAGAAUUUUGAUAACCCCAAGAAUGAUAAGUGA